GGUCGAGAGAUUGCGACAAGUGUUUUGGGGUGCCAAGGAGGCAAAUAUUCUUCUGUGGAAAGUUGAGGACGCUCUUUGGAUCUUUGGAGAGGAGGGACAGCGCAGCUGCAGACUUUAACGCAUCGAGCGUGUGUGGAUGAGACAUUUUUCAAAGUUUCAUGUUGUGUAUAUCUACCGACAGCAGCCACCAUGGAUAGCGGAUCCAACCAAACUAUUCACCCAAGUUGCAGGGAGAAACCCCCUCUCGCCAUCGACAUUAUCCUCAAGUUGGACAUCUUUGGCAUCAUCCUGUACUCAGUGCUCACCUUCAUGGCCACAGUGUCCAUGCUGGUCUUCAUAGAAGAGUGUAUCUACAUCUAUAAGAAAGUGCCCGCCAAUAAGAAGAGUGUGAUCAUCUGGGUGAAUGGGGCAGCCCCGGUAAUUGGCACCAUGUCGUGUCUGGGGAUGUGGAUCCCCAGAGCCACCAUGUUUACUGAUAUGACCUCUGCCUGCUACUUUGCCAUCGUGGUGUUCAAGUUCCUGAUCUUGAUGCUCGAGGAGUUGGGUGGAGACGAGAUUUUCCUGAAGCGAGCAGGGAGACAUAAACUCAGGAUCAGCACUGGGCCGUGCUGCUGCUGCUGCCCCUGCCUGCCACAUGUGGCCAUCACACGGCGCUCUCUCUUCCUGCUCAAACUUGGCUCCUUCCAGUUUGCAGUCCUGAAGAUUGUCUUCACCAUCCUCUCCAUUGUCCUCUCAACCAAUGGGACAUUUGACCUCGCUGAUUUGAGCAUCGAAGGAGCUGCGAUUUGGAUUAACCCAUUUGUGGGCAUCUUGACAAUCAUAGCUCUGUGGCCUGUAGCGAUCAUGUUCAUGCACCUAAGGACUGCCCUGCGGACAAUCAAGAUCAUCCCCAAGUACGCCAUGUACCAGCUGGUGCUGAUCCUGAGUCAGCUGCAAACCGCUAUCAUCAACAUCUUGGCUUUAAAUGGAACCAUUGCCUGCACUCCACCCUUCUCCUCCGCAGCCAGAGGAUACAUGAUGAGUCAGCAGCUUUUGAUCCUGGAGAUGUUCAUCAUUACACUGGUAACACGUCUGCUGUACCGCCGACAGUAUGAACCCAUACCCGAAGAGGAACACGACAUAAACGAAAAAACCAGGAUGGUUACAAUGCCCGGGUCUGCAUGAGAACUGUGUGUGUGUGUGUGUGCGCGUGUGUGGGUGUGUGUAUGUGUGUGCGUGCGUGCGUUUGUAUGUGUGUGUGUGUGAGAUUUCUAUAUCCUGCAUGUAGAUGAUCAAGAGAUUAUAUAAGUCAAUAUGAAUAAAUGUAAUAAGAAUGGUAUGUAAAUGUAUUCGUUGGGGUUCAUUUGGGGUCACGGAGGUUGAAACUUUACAACAUUGUUUGAUUGACCGGUCACACAAAUCACACACCGGAGGGAUCCAACAGUUAUGAUAGUUCCCAUUUUGUGUCAUUUCAAUUUGUUUCUACCAA